AUGCAUACAUCCCACCGCAAUUUCGUCUUAUUGACCUUCUUCGUCCUCGCCGCGUCGUCGGUAUUUGCCGCCCCGUCCCAAUGUCCGACCUACAUCGACACCGUCGUGCCAUCGGGCCAGAACGCAGUCUACGGCAGACGCGAGCCCGGCGAUCCCUUCCUCGCGACGAUGCAGGGCGUCCACGACACACUGUCCCGCUGCUCCGGCAUCAAGAGCCUCAAAGUGCGCGUCACGGGGCUGGGCUGCUCCGAGUGGCCCGACAGGUGGAGCUUCCCCUUCGACCUUUCGUCGAGCUCGCGCUACCCUUCGAAGCUGGAAUCGCUGGACCUCGAGGGCUACCGGUUCGACGACGCGGACUGGAAAGAGGUGUCGCAGCCGCCGUUCCGCACCGGCUCCAAGUUCUGGGACACUCUCGAGUGGCUCGGAUCGGGGAGGGCGUGGAAAUGGCUCAGAUGGCUGCCGCUGUCCCGGUCGCAGAAGGAGAAGACCAACCUCGAUCUCUGGCUCGAAGCCAUGGACUUCUCGCACAUCAAGGAACUUGCUCUCAAGCAGGCGUGGAACCGCAAACCGGAAGUGCAGCCUCUUAUCCCGCACCUCAAAUCGCUCCGAUCGCUAAACAUCACUGGGCAAUGGGCCAAGGACUUCAUCCUGGGGCUACCGGCGGACUCGCUGACGCACCUCGCGUGGCAUUACAGCGGCGAGACGGGCGCCUCCGCCCUCCCCGUCCUGCGCCACCACGCGCGGUCUCUGACGAGCCUCGACUGGCGGGAGCCGGAAAUGGGACAUCGGCAGCGGCGGGUCAUGUCGCCCGAGCAGAUCGCCGAGCUGGGUCGCAUGGCCCCGAACCUGGAGACGCUCACUCUCGACGUCAACCGGAACGGGACCUGGCCGAUGGAGCACCUCGAGGCGUUGGCAACGAGUUUCCCCAAGGUUGCUGCCGUGACCGUGUUUUUCGAGAUCGCGAGCGAGUGCCGGCGCCAGCUGGAGAGUUCCGGACGGCCAUACGGGUAUCCUGAGAGGCCGAAGCCGGGCGAAGAAUUGCCGUGCAGCGGCAUCGAGUCCAUGGCGCAGCCCCUGCUGAAUAAUGCCAACGCGGUCAAGCUGUUCGAGUUCCUCCGGGAGAAGAAGGUCGGCGAUGCGCUGACCAAGGCCGUCUUCUAUGCCGGAGACUGGUCGCGGCCGUGGGACGGGCCGAUGGCCGAGGAUCAGUGGCUCGAUGGCAGGGCGGCCUUCAUGUUCUGCAAGGCCGUCGACGAAGGGGCCGAGGGCGCUGGGAGCAAGCAGAUCCUGUGUCAGGGGAUAGACACCAAGAUUACCUCGUCGCGCUGGGAGUCUGGGUACGACGAGAUCCUUGACGGCGGCGACGACAACGACGACGACUACAAUCUCGCGUGGGCGACAGACCUGGCCAAGCGCGCCAAGCGGAUGGAGUUGUUAGAUUAG